AUGGCGUGUCGCGGCGGCUGCUGCUCCAGCGCGGGUCGCCUGAACGCGGACAACGCGCGGUUCCUCCUGCUGGCGGUGCUGAUCGUGCUGUACAUGCUGUGCGGCGCCGCCGUCUUCUCGGCCAUCGAGCUGCCCACGGAGCGGGAGGCCAAGGAGCGCUGGGAGGAGCGGCUGGAGAACUUCACCCGCCGCCACAACCUCAGCCGCGCCGAGCUCCGGCACUUCCUCCGGGAGUACGAGGAGGCCAGCGUGGCCGGCGUCCGCGUCGAUGACAUCCGCCCCCGAUGGGAUUUCACCGGCGCCUUCUACUUCGUGGGCACCGUCGUUUCCACUAUCGGGUUUGGCAUGACCACCCCAGCCACCGUCGGAGGUAAAAUCUUUCUGAUAUUUUACGGCCUUAUAGGAUGUGCAGGGACCAUUUUGUUCUUCAACCUGUUCCUGGAGCGCUUGAUCACUGUCAUAGCCUAUGUUAUGAAGUCCUGCCAUGAAAGACAGCUGAGGAGGAAAGGGGUCCUCCCUCACAACGGCCGGAGGGGCUCAGGGACCUCCGAGGUGGACAGCCUGGCAGGCUGGAAGCCCUCCGUGUACUACGUCAUGCUGAUUUUAUGUGUAGCAUCGCUCAUCAUUUCCUGCUGUGCCUCUGCAAUGUACACACCGAUUGAAGGGUGGAGUUACUUUGACUCGCUUUACUUCUGCUUCGUGGCCUUCAGCACCAUCGGUUUCGGUGAUCUGGUCAGUAGCCAGAACAUCAAGUACGAGACCCAAGGCCUUUACCGCUUUGGCAAUUUCGUCUUCAUACUCAUGGGGGUGUGCUGCAUCUAUUCCUUAUUUAAUGUGAUCUCUAUUGUCAUCAAACAAUCCAUAAACUGGAUAUUAAAGAAGCUGGACUGCAGGUGCUGCCACAGAUGCCAAAGAAAAUUAUUUCAUUCACGGAGGAAUGUGGUAAUGCCAGGAAAUGUGCGCAGCCGGAGAAACAUCUCCAUCGAGACUGAUGUUGUCAAUGAGAGCGACACAGACGGACGCCGGCUGUCAGGCGAGAUGAUCUCCAUGAAAGACUUCCUGGCCUCCAAUAAAGUCUCACUGGCCAUCAUGCAGAAACAGCUGUCGGAAACUGCUAAUGGCUAUCCAAGGCAAAUGAGCUCUAAUUCAAAGCAAAAUGGAUUCUCUGCUGGGGUUGGAGCCCUAGCAAUUAUGAAUAACAGACUGGCAGAGACAAGCGUGGAUAGGUAA